AUGUCGUUGGAAGUAUGCAAUUUGGAUGAGCCGUUUAGGAGAUAUCACGUUUUUACUGAAGACUGGUCCACAGCCGGCCGAACGCACUCGGCCGGACAGAAAAGGAAUUGGCUUCGCUCGGCCUUUACCAGGACACACCCGGACAACUGCGCUGUCCAAACCGGGAGGCAAUGGACCAUGGUUGACCCAGAAAAUCACAUCACGGCCGACCACAUCGCUUACACGGUCGACCCGAGCUCCGCGAACAAGAAGCCCACUUAUGCAGUUUCGACUAUUCUCGGCCCGUUUCACCUCAACCGACUUGUGGAAGACCUAGGGCACUAUAAAUACUCUUUUUUAGCCUCAAUAGAAUAG